AUGGCUUCCGAGGAAAACGGUCUGCUGUACAACAAGGCUCGGUCGGCGUCCAUAUGCGCGUUCGGUUUCCCACCUGGCAGCACCGAAUACCUGUUGGCCUGUGCCAAGGCGGCCGCGUCCACGCCUCCUCCACACAGGCACGUUGGCGGCGCGGCCGCCAUAGCGGCCGCCGAGGACAACAAGCGACGUCGACCGGCCGUUCGGUCGCAGAGCGCCCGGACCAGCGGUGGCCGGUCGAUCCGGAAAAAAGCCCUGGUGGCCGCGGCCGUGGGAGCCCAACACGGUCAGCAUCUCAGCGACAGCAGGUCGAGUGUGCGCAGUGGUUACAGCGACCCAAGACUGCAUGAGUCUUCGCCCCAAGACGGAAUGGCGUUCAAACGGAAACCAUCUUCCAGGAAAGUCAACUCGAACCAUAGGAAAUCAGGAGCGUUCUUAGACGUUCCGCCGGGUGAAAACAAAAAACUCACGGAACCCGAAGAUCCCGAAAACUCGUACAGGCUUAGGUCGUUUAGUUUUACGUCGAAAGGUAUUGUGAACAGAGGAGAUUCGUUUCGGAAACGCCGGUCGAGGAGCAACAGCCUGGCCCGAGAAGACGACCCCAAGGAAUGCACGCCCCCGAUCCCGUACGACAAUAAUAGCCAGCAGGUUCAACAACAGCAGCAGUUUCAGAAUCAGCAAGAGCAACAACACCGGCAAAACGAAUGCGGGGACGACAUAACUUCGCACACGGUGUCACUGAUGGGAUCAAGAGGAGUGGGCAAGACCACUCUCAUAAGUCAGUUUAUGACUUCAGAAUACAUUAACGCCUAUGAGAGGCAAAGAGACAACUAUGAGUCGUCAGUGCAGUCGGUGUGCAUAAUGUUGAACGGUGAAGAAUCUGAAUUGAGGUUUAUCAAUGAAGGAGAAGUUUCGACAAAGGAAGACCGAGUGGCCGGGAGCAAACCCGCAGAUGCGUACCUGGUGUUAUUUUCAGUGGUGGACAAAAACAGUUUCGAAACUGCCGAGACGAUUCUGAAGAACCUCCGUGAACACGAAAUGUUACGAUCGAGACCAGCCAUAUUGGUCGGCAACAAAGUCGACAUGGCCAGGAGCAGAGAAGUGACGGCUCAAGAGGGUAGAUACUUGGCGUGCACGUGCAGAGCCAAGUACAUUGAAGUGUCGGUGGGCAUCAAUCACAACGUCGACGAGUUGCUGGUGGGCAUCCUCACGCAGAUCAGACUCAAACGGGCUGACAGUGGUGAGGGACACGACCAUUGGUACAAAAACCGAAACUUUAUAAAAGCCAGCCUCAAAGCCAGACAGAUGUUCACGUGGGUGUUUGGCAAGGAGGACACGAAAACGAAAAACUGUGAAAACCUCCAAGUCCUCUAG